GCCAGCUCUAGGGACCGUCUCUGAAGAGUCUGCCCUGGAGGAAAACGGAAGCCGGCGGGAGGGUUGCGGGGGAAGGGAUCCCGGCCUAGAACAACUGCUGACUAAUCGGCGGGCAGCGCGGGAGUGGGAGGGGGUGGCGCGCCUGCUGGUCGGACGGGGUCAUGUGCCUGGGUGUGCACGCAGUGGAUUUGGGGCACCUUGGUGUGCGGCCCGAGGGCCCACUCCCAGCGGGGGGCCCCACCUGGCCUUCCAGGGUAGUGGGCAUGCUCGGCAAAGUGGAAACUGAGGCCCAAGAAAAUUGAGUACUUUUCCCAAAGUCAUAAAGCUGAGUUCGACCUAGACCCCGGAACUAACUCCCCCCAUUUCCACCACCCUGAAGUCUUCCUGUCCUUGACUUCCUUUUGUGUGCUCCUGGCUUCCCAGCAAGCAGCACACAGUCCCAGGACCACCCUCAAUCAGACAAACCAUGCAUGCCAGGGAGCCCCCUGGCCUACUGUUCCCAGCGUUGCCUCUUGCCUCUUCUGUCUUGAUGCUGCUGAUGACUAGCCUGUGGCUGGUGGGAGCCGGCCCCAGCCUCACCCUGGCCCCGGAGUUGCUGCUGGACCCCUGGCAGGUGCACCGGCUGCUGACUCAUGCCGUAGGCCACGUGACCCUGCCAGGCCUGCUCCUGAGCCUACUGCUGCUGCCCACUCUGGGCUGGUGGCAGGAGCACCACCUGGGCACGCUGCGCUUCCUACACGCCUCCACCCUGCUCUCCCUGGCCACCGGGCUGCUGGCUGUGCUGCUGGCAGGCCUUGGGGUGUCUAGUGCAGGUGGCGGCUGUGGAUACAUGCCAGUUCACCUAGCCAUGCUGGCUGGGCAUGGUCACUGCCCUCAAUGGUUUUGGGGGGUGCUGCCACCAAGGCUGUUGCCCUGGCUGCUACUUGCUUUGACUCCAUUGCUCUGCUCUGAGCCACCCUUCCUGCAGCUCCUCUGUGGCCUCCUUGCUGGCCUGGCUUAUAAGAACGGGGCCUUCUGGUGGCUGGAGCUCUCAGAGCAGCGACUACAGAUGUUGCAGGAGGGCGUCUUGUGCAGGACCCUGGCCCGGUGCUGGCUGCUGAGGCUCUUUCCCACCCCAGGCAGCCUACCUGCACUGCCUGUCACCCAGCCUGCUGGAGUGAGGCCCGCUGUCCCUGGCCCUCCUUACCUGGCUUUCCCUCCCAGCUGGCCCCACAGUGAACAUCUAGCCAGGCUCUCACCAGGCCUAGGGCCUGUGCAGCUGACGUGGGAGGGUUCCUCGGAGGUGGAUCUGGACUGGGCCAGGUCCAUCUUUGCCCCAGGGACCCCACUGUGGAUGGCCCUGGAUGAGCAGAUGCUGCAGGAGGGAAUUCAAGCAUCACUUCUGGAUGGGCCAGUUCAAGGGCUCCAGGGCCCACUGUGGCUGCCUAAGCCCUCCGUUUCCUCUCUCCGGCUGCAGCAGCUGGAGCGUAUGGGUUUCCCCACAGAGCAAGCCAUGGUGGCGCUGGAAGCUACAGGCCAUGUGGAAGGUGCUGUGUCCCUGCUGGUUGGAGGGCAGGUGGACACAGAGGCCUUGGUGACUGAAGGGAGGGGGGUACCUGCCCACCCAAAGGGUCCUGGGCCCCCCUAGGAGAGGGCAGGGGCACAGGCCCUGCCUGAGGGCAGAUAGCCUGAGGCCCCGUUCUGUCUACCGAAGGCCAUAUUGGGUACAAGGCAUGCCCUCCCCUCGCCACUGGCAUGCUGUCUUGGUAUGAGUUUCUAAUAAAAGCCAGUUUGUUUUUUA